AUGUCUCCUCCAUUUCAACAACAACAGCCACAACAACAUAUUGUUCAUGUCCUAGAUUCUCCACAUAAUCAACAACUUGGUAAUAAUAAUGGUGGGCAAGAAGACCGUCCUCUACCUCCAAUUAUAUCCAGAAUUCCAAAUCCUCGACUUAAUGCGCAACAAUUUGUGGAUUCCGUUAUUGGUCAAAAUUUGACUUCUGUUCCUUCUGCAACUGAAAACCAUCCCCCUCAACAUUAUCAAAAUUCUGGUGUGACCCCCCUCGAGCAUUUGGUAGAAAUGACAAGUGCUUCUACUAUGCCUCAACAGACAUCUAGUAGAAAUUUUGAGAAUUUGCCGGCACAUAUUUCCCAUAAACAAUCGACAUCUUCAGCUAUUCCAGAAAUUGUUGAUUUACUGGAUGAUGAAGAGGAAGAAGGACAAAAUAAAAAUAAUUCUUCUUGUCAAGAAUUAGAAGCUUCAAUAAAUCGUUUAAUAACAGUCCCUAUAGCUACUGAUAUAAUUAUUAAUUCUGAAAAAAUUGAAAAAAUUAAUGAUAAUUUAAAUUUGCUUCAACAACAAGAUUCUGCUAUACAACAAUUACAGCAACAACAACAACAAAAUAGUAAUAAUAGCCCUCAUUUAUUAAAAGCUUUGCGUCAGAAUAAACCGCAAAGCGCUGCUGCAGAUUCUACUGUUUCUUUUGCUGGAAAUAAUUGUUUGUGUUUUAUUUGUUUAAAAUCAGAAUUAUUUAAAAUCAGAAUUAUUUAA